AAGUUAUUCAGAGAGGCGAACGUUCUAUACUGGGCAAAAGCGUUGUUAGGUCUCGUCUACAAUUUCAUCAACCGCGCCAUUGCAGGCAUACCUGAUCCUCCACCAUUCAAUAUUCCACGUGUGCGGUUUGUUGAAGUGGGCCUCGCACUAUCUUACUCUCAAGGUAGCAGCAAAUCUACCAUAAAGACUGGGGUGCUGCAUGCAGGUUUCCUUCUUGAAGAGGUCAUUGAUGGUGAUUUUACCAAGUUCAUUCAUAAUAUGGAUCCGGACCCGUUACUUGACCCAGACCAGGAUGGAUAUGACUUUGCGCAGUUCUUGGCAUUCACACAACACGUCCAGUACACGAAGACGGGUGGGCUGGUCUUUAUAUCUGACUAUCAAGGUAUCACAGAGCUACUGACUGAUCCCCAAAUCAUGACGCACUCAUCUGUCAGCGAAGGCCAGGAUAUAUUCGGGGAGGGCAAUAUCGAAAAGGCCGUCAGUGAGUUUGAGAAGCACCAUGUUUGUAAUGAGUUCUGCAGAUGGCCAGGAUUUGGACUUGAGGCGCUU